AUGACUUUGAUUCUUUGGCUUUUUGUUCCUACAGAUCCUUUGGAAGAUAUUAAACAAGAAAAUACCGAUAAACCUAAAGAAAUACCUACAGAAAUACCGAAAACACAUCCGGAACCUCCAAAAGAUAUGACACCUUCAUUAGUAACUAAACAGCCUUUACAAACCCCUUCACAUACAAAAUUGAAAGAAUCACAACCCACGGCAACACAUUCAGCUGAAGUAAAGAAUUACAAAACGUUCAAUUUAACACUUCGAAACGAAACACGAUCACCCGACGGAUUUUCUCGUUAUGUAUAUACGAUAAACAACCAAUUCCCAGGUCCAGAAAUAACCGUGAAUAAAGGAGAUAAUAUCAGAAUCAAUGUAACAAAUUAUAUUGGUCACCCAACAACGAUUCAUGUUCAUGGAAUGAUCCAUAAAGAAGCGGUUUAUAUGGAUGGAGUUCCUUACAUCACGCAAUGUCCAAUCCAAAAUGGAAGCAGCUUUAUUCUUGAUUUCAAGGCCACGCAUCCCGGAACUUAUUGGUAUUAUUCGCAUUACGGAACACAACGUGCGGAUGGAUUAUACGGUGCAUUGAUUGUAAUAGAUCCGGAGGAAUCGAAGCUAUAUAAUUAUGAUGACGAGGAAACAAUUUUAUUAUCAGACUGGUACCAUGACGAAUCCGCUGCAUUAUUAAAAAAAUAUAAAUACAGCAACGCGUCGAUUUCUGAUUUUUUCGAGCCCUUUCCUAAUAGCGGAUUAAUUAAUGGCAAAGGGAUUUUUAACUGUGAGAAUUAUGAGAACGAAUUAAAAAAUAAAGAAAAAUGUAAUUCUGAAGAAUUAAAGAUAAUAGAAUUUAAUUUCGAACCUCAAAAUAAAACUCGUCUUCGGAUUAUAAACACGAGCGCAAUUACAUCAUUUUACUUUUCAAUCGAUGGACAUAUGCUUCAAGUAAUCGAAGUUGAUGGUACUUCUACCGAGACCUCAAACAGAUUCCAUCGUUUGCUGAUUCACGUAGGACAGCGAUAUUCAAUAGUCCCGACUCGUCUACCUCAACACAAUUCAACAUCAAACUUUUACCUUCGUGUCGAGAUCAUCAAGAAAUCAUUUCGUUCAACAACACCUUAUGAUAUGCUUCCAACAGAACUUAACGCAAUAAUCCGUUAUGAUGAUGAGGAUGAUUCAUCACUUCCGUCAACAUCAUCAUGGACAUUACAACAAUCUUCUUCGAUAUUUUCUUUAGUAGAUCUUAAUCCUUUUGAUUUAAAACCACAUUUUCACGAAAAUCUACCACGAAACACGACAUUUUUUCAAUUCGAUUUGAUUAUUGAUAAAAUAGAUGAAUAUAAAUCUAUGAAAUUUAAAAACAAAGGAUUUCAUGAGAAUGACAUUGAACACUUUUAUGGAUCCAUUAAUAGCGUGCAAAGAGGCGCUUCUAUUUAUAACCCAAACAAAACUACCAACACUUUGAGAUUGUUGUUAGAAGGAAAGAUAGUGAAAUUUCCUCUUUAUUGGAACAUUUAUACAUUCAAAAUACAAUCAACUAUUAAUAUCAUUUUAAAAAAUGAUGAUGGUUUUGAUCAUGUAUUCUAUUUGCAUGGUCAUAAAUUCUGGGUAUUGGGACAAGGAGAAGAAUCAAUACCAGAAUAUUCGAAUUUAAAUGAAAUCGAUCCGAUAAAAAGAGAUACCGUAGUCGUUCCAGCAUUUGGGUGGACGCUUAUUAAAUUUAACAUUGACAAUCCUCGAAUAUCUACGUUCAGUAAUCCUAUAGUAUGGCACCAAAACAUCGGUAUGUUGGGUCAAAUAGUUGAAUUCCCCAAACAGAUUAAAAAAUCAAUAAUUCCCCCAAUAGAAUGGUGCAAAUUAUGUAAUGAUGAAAUUAAUUUAAACGUAUGCAAAGAGAAAGAAAUUAAAGACAGUUUAAUCAGUGAUAUUUGGGAUAGGAAUUAA